CGGCGCAAGUUAACUACGGGCUAAACUCCUCCUCCUCGACCAUCUCGCCGCCGCGGCUGAGACCUAAAGCUCUAAACCCGUCCAUCUCUCGUCUCCUCCCCCUCCGCCUCCCACCGACCCACCCUAUGGCGCGCCUCACCCCCUCAACGUCUAGCAGCAAGUCGAAACCCUCCAUGGACGGCGCCGCCUCGUCAGGGGAGCACAGGCCGCGGCGGCGGCCGCAGAUGAAGUCGAAGGCGGCGGGGAAGAAGAAGGCGGCGCAGGCAGCGCAUAAGAAGCCCAAGUCUGGCGGGUUCGAGUCGAUGGGGCUGUGCGAGGAGGUGUACCGCGGGGUGCGCCACAAGGGGUACCGCGUGCCCACGCCGAUCCAGCGCAAGGCGAUGCCGCUCAUCCUUGCCGGGCUCGACGUCGCCGCCAUGGCUCGCACUGGGUCCGGGAAGACCGCUGCCUUCCUGGUGCCCAUGCUCCAGCGCCUCCGCCGCCGCGACCCCGGCGCUGGCAUACGCGCUCUCAUCCUCUCCCCUACCCGCGACCUCGCUAUGCAGACGCUCAAGUUCGCCCACCAGCUGGGGAAGUUCACCGGUCUAAAAACUGAAGCAAUUGUUGGUGGAGGUAGCAUAGACAGUCAAUUUGAGAUAUUGGCAGAUAAUCCUGAUAUCAUUAUUGCAACACCUGGUAGGUUAGUGCACAUUUUGACAAUGGUUAAUGACUUGUCACUGCGGUCAGUAGAAUAUGUUGUGUUUGAUGAAGCGGAUUCCCUGUUUAGCUUGGGGUUCGCCGAGCAAUUGCACACAAUUCUACAGAAGCUGAGUGAUACACGCCAAACAUUGCUCUUCAGUGCUACUAUGCCAAAAGCCCUCGCUGAAUUCGCAAAAGCUGGCCUACGUGAUCCUCAAGUUUUAAGACUUGAUGUGGAUAAAAAGAUAAGCCCUGAUCUAAAGCUUGUCUUUUUGACACUGCGUCAGGAAGAGAAACUAGCUGCUUUACUGUAUCUGGUCAGGGAGCGGAUCAGCUCUGAGGAGCAGACAAUGAUAUUUGUUUCAACGAAGUAUCAUGUUGAGUUCUUGAAUAUUCUUUUCCGAGAGGAGGGCUUAGAACCUUCCCUUUCCUAUGGUGCUAUGGAUCAAGAAGCCCGCAAUAUUCAUAUUUCAAAAUUCAGAGCAAAGAAGACCAUGCUACUUAUUGUGACAGAUGUUGCUGCAAGGGGCUUGGAUAUUCCAUUGCUUGACAAUGUGGUGAAUUGGGACUUUCCUGCAAAACCCAAGUUAUUUGUUCAUAGAGUUGGUCGAGUAGCUCGGCAAGGUAGAACUGGUACAGCGUAUUCAUUUGUCACUUCAGAGGACAUGCCAUUUUUAUUGGACCUACAUCUCUUUCUGUCGAAGCCUCUUAGACCUGCUCCAACAGAGGAGGAACUGUUGAAAGACAUGGAUGGAAUGAAUUUGAAAAUCGACCAAUCUCUUGCUAAUGGUGAAACCGUAUAUGGCCGCUUUCCUCAGACAAUCAUUGAUCUUUGUUCUGAUGGGGUAAAAGAAGUCAUUAACGGAUGCACUGAUCUGAUUGCAUUGGAAAAGCCAUGUGCUAAUGCUUUCCGUUUGUACCUGAAGACUCGUGCUAUGCCUUCAAAGGAAUCUAUUAGAAGGGCGAAAGAUUUUCCUCGUGAAGGUCUCCAUCCAAUUUUUAGAGAUGUUCUUAGAUCAGAUGAGAUAUCAGCUCUUGCAUUCUCGGAGCGCCUGAAAUCAUUUAGGCCAAAGCAGACUAUUCUAGAGGCUGAAGGCGAAGCUGCUAAAUCAAGAAGUUCUAAAGGUAGUAAUCAAUGGCUAGAUGUUAUGAAGAAGAAAAGAGAAGUCCAUGAGGGUAUCAUAAAUUUAGUGCAUGAGAAGAAUUCUGGUGAUCUGGCGACAAAGGAAGAAGAGGCGGAGAACAUUUCAAACUGGGAGACAAAAGAAGUUUGUGGUAAGAAGCGGAAGUCACAGAGCUUUAGAGAUGAGGAUUACUACAUAAGUUCAGUUCCUCAAAACCAACAUUCAGAAGCUGGGUUGUCAGUGAAGGGUAAUGAAGGAUUUGUUCAAGAUAGAUUGGACGCUGCUGUCCUUGACUUAGUUGAUGAUGAAACUUCUGGAAUGCAAUCCCAGAAAACUAGAUAUCACUGGAUGAAGAACAAGUUUGUCAAGUUGAAUAGUGGGGAUCGUGUCACUGCUUCAGGAAAGAUUAAAACGGAAAGAACUGCAAAGUCAAAGGCCGCGAGCCAAGAUAUCUAUAAGAAAUGGCAGCAGAAAUCACAUAGAGCAAUUAAUUCUGGCGGAAAAGAUGGUGACUUUAGAGAAGGGGCCCCAUCCACGCCAGGUGGCUAUCAAAGAGGAAACAGAAGACACCCUGCAGCUGGCCGUGGGCGUUGGUCUAUACCAAAUGCGGACGUGCCAUCUGAGAUAAGAAAUCCGCAGCAGAUGCAGAAGGGCAGGCAGCAAAAGGCAAUGCAAAAUAUGCGCAUGAAAGAGAAAUCUGCAAAGGAUGGUAAAUUUCCUGGUAAAUUCCAGAAAAACAAGAGGCCCGAUGGGUCCGGAAGAGAUGGUAAAUUCCAGAAAAACAGAAAACCGGAUGGUAAAGGGAGCAGAAAAGGAAAUGGGAACGGGUUUGGGAAAGCAAAAGGGAAGGGGAAACCCAAAGGGAAGGGCAGCAGGUGAAAUUAUCUGGCCAAAUUUUGCAGCCCACACUCAUACAUGCUGAAGCAAAGAAUGUGUUGUAGAACCAAAAAGGAAAGAACUGCGCGACCAAGAGCUCUUCUCUUCUCAUAUGGCACGUACCUGCUGAUAGCUCAAACAGGGUUCUUAAUUUACUUCAGAUUUGUUUCUUAUAUUGUAAUUCUUUUUGUGAUAGUCGGAAAGAAAUAACCCUGAACUUACCAGAAAUUUGAGGGCUGCUGUAACUCAUGCGACGUGAAUGACCAAAGUUUAUCUUACCGAAGCAUGACCAAAGUUUUGUUUGGAUAGCAGUCAACCUUCUGCAAGACAA